GUUCUAUCCAGACUACUCCCUAGCAUUUCUUUUCCCGAUAUACAUACUGAUAUCCUUUUUGCAGAUCCCUGACUAUACUAACAGGGUUGACUCUCCACUCAUUCCAUCACCAUGGCUAACCGUGAUACUGACACCGAUCAUCCCCAAGAGCCAAGUAACACGAGGCACAACAGGAUUCUCAAUAGACCGCCCCCGGAGCUAAAGCGGUCCGAUGCGUUCAUCCGCCGGGAGAGCGGCGACGGUGACCAAACCGAGCUCGAGUUUCCUUCCGGCCCGCUCGCCAUGGACCGGGACCAGGUCUACAUGUUGCCCGCGACGUUAGUCUCGUACGCCAAGGCAGGCAUGACAGCCGUCAAGAUAGGCCAGUUGCUGCACAGAGCGGUUUACGACAAUGACGCGCCGCUGGGCCAUCUCGUCACGACGCUUGUGGAUGAGCGGACGCCGUACGCGGAGAUCGCGACAACUGUGUUUUUGUAUCUUGACCUGCGUGGUGACAACGGGGCCCCUCUGUUUCCUGAUUCGUGGGUGGGGGAUAAGGAGGUGCGUCCUGAGCCUGGGCCUUAUGCACGUGAGGUUUAGUGGAGGGUGUUUUGGCGUUUCGGAGACUGUUGAGCUGACUUUUAAGGGGUGUGAUGAUCCAUUUCCUGACUUCGCAGCGAUGAUGGGGUUGGAUUAGUGCGGGCUGGCUACCUGACUGAUCCUGUCCAGAUGUGAAGAGCGUCGAUUGUGUAUUCUGCGAAGGAUGAGAAGUAGAUGGGAAUUGGUAUAUGGUGAGUGUCUUCCUGAUGAUUCUGUUAUUCAGAAUAGACCGUUGUUCCCGUUGAUGUACCUUGAGUGUGUAGAUUGGUAGUUUUGUCCAAGAUAAACUCUGGACUAAUCAACGUACGUAGCCAGAGGACUCAGUCGUAUGGUAGAAACCGUCUCUAUCGUAGUAUCGUUCUAGGAAGUGGAAUUGAUAGGAGUCUAAACGACUCCGGACUUGGUUAGGCAGGCCCUCAAGAGAUAUACAACACACCUACAACUCAUUAGUACAGACUACCAAUAGCAAUCCAGUAAUGCAAAACGUCAAAAGCAGAUACCAAAUUGUCGCUAACGU